UAAUUAAUAUUAUAAAUAUAUGAUUGUAUUAACUAUGAUUUAUGAAGUACUUAUGCACUAUGCAAACUAAAAAGUUUAAACGUCAUUAAUCUCCUUAUACAUCGGGUUGAAUUUUAAAUACUUACUUAUAGUUCAUUAUUAUAAUAUAUACUUUUAUUCAGCAUCCAACUGGUUUAUAAACAUAUCCUAAGGUAUCACCACCAAGACAUUCUAUAGAUAUUUUGGCUGCACACUACAUUUGAAGAUGUUUCAAAAUCUUGAGACUUGUUUGGAGAAAUAUAUUCCACAAGAAGAAUUAAAUCAUGUACAAAGGAUUUUAUAUGGAAAAAAAUUAGAAGAACUUCAGCUACCAGAAUCCUGUUUAAAUAAUAAAGAUGAUGUGGAAGUUAAAGGCUUCAAAUUUGAUAGUUUAACUGAAGAGUUACGAGAAAAACGGAUUGUAAGAGUUGGAGUUAUUCAAAAUCAAAUUGUCCUUCCAACAACCGCCCCUUUAGCCGAACAACGUAAUGCAAUUUAUCAAAAGAUUAGCAAAAUAAUAUCACUUGCUGCUGAAGCAAAUGUGAAUGUGUUAUGCCUUCAAGAAGCCUGGCCAAUGCCUUUUGUGUUUUGUACAAGAGAAAAAUUUCCAUGGUGCGAGUUCGCAGAAUCAGUUGAAACAGGGCCUACAACUUUAUUUCUAAAAGACAUUUGUAAACAGUACAACAUGGUCAUUGUAUCACCAAUUCUAGAACGUGAUGAACAAGAAGUGAUAUGGAAUACAGCUGUGGUCAUAGAUAACUUUGGUAAAGUAAUCGGAAAGCAUAGAAAGAACCAUAUACCUAGAGUGGGUGAUUUUAACGAGUCUACUUACUACAUGGAAGGAAACACAGGACAUCCUGUUUUUGAGACAGCGUUUGGUCGAAUUGCAAUCAAUAUUUGUUAUGGACGUCACCACCCACUGAAUUGGUUGAUGUUUGGGUUGAAUGGAGCUGAAAUUGUUUUUAACCCUUCAGCUACAAUUGAUGGUUUAAGUGAAACACUUUGGGGAAUUGAAGCCAGAACAGCUGCAGUUGCCAAUAGUUAUUUUUCUUGUGCCAUCAACAGAGUGGGUACAGAAACCUUCCCAUCAGAGUUUACUAGUGGUGAUGGUAAGCCGGCGCAUAAAAGUUUUGGCCAUUUUUAUGGAUCAAGCUAUAUUACUGCUCCUGAUGGUUCAAGAACACCUGGCCUUUCUAGGACUCGUGAUGGAUUAUUAAUUUCAGAAAUAGACUUGAAUCUUUGUAGACAAGUAAAGGAUCAUUGGGGUUUCCAAAUGACUCGAAGACUAGAUUUAUAUGCAGAUUCAUUGGCAGACAUAGUAAACUCUAAAUAAUUAUAUUAAUUUCAAAAGGGAAUAUUAAUAGUUAAUAAACAUUAUAUCUAAUAUAUGCUUCAAAUUACAUUGCUAUACACUUUAAGUCUGUCUACUUAGUUUAUAACACAUUGUCAUUUUUUAUUUUGAAUAUUAUGAUCAUAUAAUAUACAAUAAAUAACACUUAUUUGUCAAUA